UCGGCUUGUUUUGUUUGUGACAGUGCUUCACGUUAGUGUGAAAAAUUCGGGCCAAAAGAGCUCUUUUUACUGGUCCGUUUUUCGUUGAUAGACUGAAUGAAGCCUAGGAAAGAUAGAUUCCAGCUGGCUUUAACCCUAACACAGCUUAACCCUAGCAGAGGCCAAGCCUAAUGGAGGCUAACCCUAACAGAGGCCAGCCCUAACGAUGGGGGGGGGUGCUCCGGUUCAAUCUUUGAUGGUCAAGUACAGAUCGGACACACCAAGCCGUGGAUAUGCACAGAACUGAGGACUCACAAUGGAGGUUUUUUCCGCAUGGAAGCUUCUCGACGCACGGACGCUUGUGCUCGGGAUCGUGGUGUUUCUUGUCGUGUUUCGAUACCUCCGUCGACCACGAAACCGGCCGCCUGGUCCCUGGGGUUUGCCUAUUCUUGGCAACCUCCAACUGCUGAUGCCAGGGGACACGUUCUUCAGGCGGAUUUCUAAACUUACAGGAAAAUAUGGCAAAGUUGUGAGCAUCGAUAUGGGCGGGAUACCAAUUGUCAUCCUACAUGGACACGACACGGUCAAGGAAGCCUUCUCGCGGUAUCAGCUCAGUGACCGCCCGCAUCUUUACAUAACUGAGACUAUUGUUGCUGGUGUUGGCUUUUUGGCUUCAAGUGGUGAGCAGUGGACCGAGAUUCGUCGUUUUUCCGUUACCGCUCUCCGGGGGCUUGGUGUUGGCAAGUCGCGGUUUGAAGAGAACAUCUCCACCGAAGCAGAAAUUCUAGUUGAAGAACUCAAGAAAUUUAAUGGCAAGGCAUUCGACCCAAAGCAUCUUAUUGGCAAUGCUGUAUCCAACAUCAUCUGUUCAGUCGUGUUUGGCAAAAGGUUCCAGUACACUGAUCCAGCUUUCAAGCGUCUUCUGAAAGUCUUGAAUGAUCUUGUUAUCCAGUCGCAAGGAGGGGGCAUGCUCGAAAACGCACCCGUAUUUGCAAAACUGAAAAUGCUUCCGGUUGUGCGAAAGUAUGUGAUUGCCACGGAGAACUUCUUCAAUUACAUUAACAUACUCUUGAAAGAACACAGUAAGGGACAAAGCUCUGAUCCUCCUCAAGAUUUCAUCGACAUGUUCCAGGAUGAACAGAAGGUGAAGGAACGCCAGGGGGUCAAGUCCCUGGCCUUACUUCCCGAGAACUUGAAGCACAUCGUGGGUGACCUGUUUGGUGCUGGGACUGAAACCACUGCCACUACUCUUCGCUGGGGGAUGCUGUACAUGAUGGCACACCCAGAAAUACAGAGACGAGUCCAGAAGGAGUUGGAUGACAUCACAAAUCGUAAUCGUCUACCAAGAAUUUCUGAUAAGCCCGAGCUGCCAUACACUGAAGCCGUGCUGUGUGAGAUUCAGCGCAUGGGAACCAUCGUGCCGUUGGCUCUGCCACAUAUGAGCGCCGAAGAUACUACUAUUGCAGGUUACAACAUCCCCAAAGGUACGAUUGUGAUGUCUAACAUCUGGCAUAACCACUUUGACCCUACGGUUUGGGAAGAGCCUGGGAAGUUUCGUCCCGAGCGGUUCCUUGAUAAAGAUGGCAAGUUUCGGUCCCGUGAGGAACUCAUACCGUUUGGAAUCGGUCGACGCGUCUGUUUGGGUGAGCACCUUGCCAAGAUGGAGCUCUUCAUCUUCUUCACACACCUCCUGCAUCACUUCACCCUCAAGAAACCUGACCAUGUUCCUACCGUGUCCUUUGAAGGAGAAGAGGGUCAGGUUUGGUCACCGGCAAGCUUCGAGAUCUGCGCGAUUUUCAGAGAGUAAAACAGCCCAAUAGAAUAUUUAAUCAUAUUUUGGUUGAGUCUACCUUCUAGAACAUGCUCUUGCCUGUAAGAAUGGGGCCAUCCAUCUAACAAGUAAUUUUAAUGCCGGUGUUUGGUUUAGCUUUUGCUCGAGUCGUUAUAUCGAUACUGAAAUACUUAUAUUGCAAUAGUAAUGCUUGGCUGUGUUGCAUUAAACGCUGUAUGUGUGUACCAUGUAUGCCAGAUCAUUGUGCUCGGUUCAAUCACACGAACCUUAUAAUAUAAGUGAAGCUUUUUAAAAGGAAAGCCCAAAGGGUAGGUCGUAAAGACUUGAACCUGGCUUCUCUAUAUUUUGCAGCAGCUGCUUUAAAUGAAGUCAUUUUAAAGCUUCAACAUGAACAUGAAGAACAAGGAACACAUGUACGCUAUAGGACACAAUUUCGUUUCGUUACGAAAACGGUCGAUGAGUUGUGUUUUAGAGAGUUAGUUCUAGAAUCUUAAAAUUACUCUGUAAAAUCCUAUAGUGAUGACCUUAGGAAAUCUAUAUAUUUUAGAGCUCUGCAAUGGAGAUUCGGGUCAAAUUUCUCCCUUUCCAUCGCGCACUGUGCGCUAAAAACCGUUUUGCGCGUCGGUUGUUAUGGUGCUUCCUUUUGCACCGACGUUCGUUCGUUUGAUACCCGUGUAGAGUCACGUACAUCAACUGACAGUGAUUUCAAGAUACACUGACACUAUACUGCGUUGUAAGAGGCAUAGUUAAUGCCUUUUUUUCGAGGAAUUGCCACAUUGAAACAAGAAAACUGUCGUACCGUAACAUUUCAAAAUAAAGUGCUUUACAACCCUGGUGUCAA